GAGACACCGUAGUCCAAACCUAAAUCGGCCAGUUUUUUUCGAAAAAUUCAUUCAACGAAGGCGGUUGUGCCGCUCCGUCGCGGAAAAACGGAAAAGUCGUAACUGGAAAAAACUUCGGGGAUUUCCAAACGAAAAUAUUCAGCCGCGUCGGUCGCUUGUGUUUGUUCCGCGCCAGAGUCCGAGCAAUGUGAAUUUAUUUCGGCUCAUUUGUACAAGUAACGAAAAUAUCGAGGGAUAAAGUUUUUUGAUCCGUUCCGUCGCGUCUCCCUGUCGUUUAUUGUGUGUUUCCGUCGUGUCCCCCAGAAUCCGGGUGAGCUGCGGUCCCCGAGAAUAUAAAUAUUAAAUUGCUCCCCGAUUGUGAUUGUGAUUGCAAGCGUAACCCUGAUUAACCGCCGAGAAAUGGCCAAGUGAAGUGCUGUGCGUGCAGUGAAAAGUCUGUCUUCGGCUUCGCUUCUCUGCUCCGCGCCCCCUCUUCUUCUCCUUCUUCUUCUUCUUCUCCUCCUCCUCCUCCGUCGCUGUCCGGCUGUCUGGCUGUACGGCCCGGCCCGCAAAAGCCGCCAAGAUUAAGUUCUCCAAGCAGCACGCCCACCACGCGUACCGCCACACGGACAACAUAUACGACGGCGGCACGGACACCGACGACGACGAAUGUCCCCUGGAGGCGACCGCCAUGAAUCCCUACGAGUAUGAGUCCACGCUCGACUGCCGCGACGCGGGCGGCGGUCUCCCCCACGCCCAUGCCCACGCCCUCGCCCAUCAGCAGGCGCAAGGACGGACGCUGCCCAUAAGCGGGCGGCCCUCCGCCCCCUCGGCAGAUCACGGCGCCCACGGCAGUCAGACACUGCAGCACCAGGGCCAGCACAGCCAGCAGAACCUGCAGAAUCUGCAGGCCGCCGCCGCCGCCCAGUCGUCGCACUACGACUACGAGUACCAGCACCUGCCGCACCGUCCGCCGGACACGGCCAGCAACACGGCGCAGCGGACACACGGAAGACAAGGCUUCCUCCUGGAAGGAGUCACGCCAACGGCUCCGCCGGACGUUCCGCCGCGUAAUCCGACAAUGAGUCGCAUGCAAAAUGGUCGUUUAACCGCCAGCAAUCCCAAUGACGUUGACUUUGAGCCAUCUUGUUUGGUGCGAACGCCAUCGGGCAACGUUUACAUUCCCAGUGGAAAUCUAAACAUCAACAAGGGCUCACCCAUCGACUUCAAGAGCGGAUCGGCCUGUUCCACACCCACAAAAGACACGCUGAAGGGCUACGAGCGAAGCACGCAGGGCUGCAUGGGACCCGUCCUGCCGCCGCGUAGCGUCAUGAACGGAAUGCCCGCGCACCACUACUCGGCGCCGAUGAAUUUCCGGAAGGACCUGGCCGCGCGCUGCUCCUCGCCCUGGGUGAGCGUCGGCGCCAUAUCGGCGCUGGUGCUGUGCGUGCUCAUGCUGAUCCUGUUGACCACCUUCGGGGGCCUGCACUGGACCCAGUCGGCGCCCUGCACCGUUCUAGUCGGAAACGAGGCGGCCGAGGUGACGGCUGCCAAGAGUACGAACACGGACCUCUCCAAACUGCACAACUCGGGACGCGCCAAGAACGGACAAGGCAUCGGAAUGGCCCAGGGGCAAGCUGGAAUCGGAGCUGGUGGCGCGGGCGGCGGAGGAGCAGCAGGUGGAUCCUCGACGGCCACUGUGACGACUGCCACAUCAAACAGCGGCACCGCCCAGGGCCUCCAGUCGACGUCGGCCUCCGCGGAGGCCACAUCCUCGGCGGCCACGUCUUCCUCGCAGUCCUCGCUGACGCCUUCGACAUCGCUGUCCUCGUCCCUGGCGAAUGCCAAUAAUGGAGGAAGAGCAAUGUCAACGCCGUUGUCAUCCAGCGGGGCAGGCGUUGAGAGACUACGACAUCGACGCAGCUUAAUGGAGAGGGGGCUCGAAGAUGAUGUGGCUACGACCGAAACUUUCAGCGACUUAAUUACAAACGAAAGCCUCAACCGGCAGCUGGCCAAAAAGUAUUCGGCUACGACCCCGGCCAGGAGCCUGCCAGCCGUCGCCUGGCAAAGCAUUUCAGAUAAAACUUCGCGCGGAAUCGAUGUCGAGGUGGAUGGACCCCAGGGGAGUGAAGGAAUCGAGGUGGACUCCAGCGACUAUGUCUAUGAAGACGAAGCUGAGCCGGAGACCAGUCCUCCGCCCACCCGGAGGCCCAAGUCUAGGCAACAAUUUGGCAAAUCAUUAAACAGCAAUUUACGCAGCGCAGCUAAAACACUGGUCAACAAGAAGAGGAAAUAUGAGGUCGAGGCGGAGGACGUGGAGCACAGUGAGCAGCAGGAUCCGGAGCGUCUCCCGGUGAAUGGGAUGGCAACGGCGCAAACGGUGGAGCCGGGGCCCAGCACAUUUGUUGCUGUUAUUGAUGACGAUAAUCAAAGUGACAACAGCAGCUCAGGCCCAGCGCCGGAGACGACUCUAAGGAGUGACACCGAUGACAUUGUUGAAAUCAACACCGCCCAAGCAGAGUCGGCGCUGAGCUCUUACCCCGCCUCCCCAACCCCUACCCCAGCUCAGCCCGUCAUUGAAAAUGAUUUUCAAAUCAGGGCGGAGGUGGUGGGGAAGUCGCUAGAGGAGAAACCUGCCGCUGAUGAUAACAAUAAUGAGCGUGAUUUAGCUGACAACUAUGAGGUAGACACCAAGGAGCCACCACCACAAGGUACUACUCAGAAGUUCAAUAAGGAUAGCAAUAACACGGAAUCCGAUUUAAUGAUGAGCGAUGACUCUCGCCUGGAGGAUAUCGAUAUCGUCAAACUAGAUGAGGUACACAGCUCUCUUGAGGAGGAGAUUUACGAGACGGCAGGCAAGAAGGGGUCGCCGCCCAAAUUGUCUUCGGUACAGCCUUCAGCCAGUGAGAACGAGGUGCUCAAAGAGCAAGAGGAAAAUGAUCAGAUACCCCUUCACCUUAAGCCGCUCAAGCCCUAUGUGAGUGAGCGCAUUGAUCAGCCGGGCAAGCGAAUCUUUCUCAACCUGACAAUUGCCACAGACGAGGGCAGCGACUCCGUCUACACCCUACACGUAGAGGUGCCCACCGGCGGUGGGUCGCACAACAUUAAGGAGGUGCUGACCCACGAGCAUCGUGCCGAGCAGCCGGACAGCUAUGCGGACAGUUGUGUCCCGGAGCCGCCGCCCCGCAUGCCUGACUGUCCUUGCAGCUGCCUCCCACCCCCAGCGCCCACCUACCUGGAUGACGGUAUUGACAUUGACUCUGGCGUAUCUACUAUGGCAGCAACCGCCACCACAACUUCAACGCCUUUGGAGAGCGCGACCGUUUUGAGCCGCCUCCACAGCGAGGACGGGGUUAGGAAUGGGGACGUGUCACCGGACAACGGGGAGCCCAUGCCUGUCCCAAGCACCACUACUACUAACCCCACUGAGAUCGAUAACCACAUUGCCGCCUCCAAUACUGAGCCCCCUGAUGCUGCUGUGGUUGAGGCGCUUGCAUGCCCCGAUGUGAUGCCAGUACUGAUACUGGAAGGAGCCCGAACAUUCCCGGCGCGCAGCUUCCCACCUGACGGCACCACCUUUGGCCAGAUCACGCUCGGCCAGAAGCUGACCAAGGAAAUCCAGCCGUACAGCUACUGGAACAUGCAGUUCUACCAGUCGGAGCCGGCCUACGUCAAGUUCGACUACACGAUUCCGCGAGGCGCCUCGAUCGGAGUGUACGGCCGACGCAACGCCCUGCCCACCCACACGCAAUAUCACUUCAAGGAGGUGCUCAGCGGAUUCAGCGCCAGCACGCGUACGGCCCGGGCCACGCACCUUUCCAUAACGCGGGAGGUAACGCGCUACAUGGAGCCGGGUCACUGGUUUGUGUCGCUCUACAAUGACGACGGGGACGUACAGGAACUGACCUUUUACGCGGCCGUCGCCGAGGACAUGACCCAGAACUGCCCCAACGGCUGCUCUGGCAACGGUCAGUGCCUACUGGGCCAUUGCCAGUGCAAUCCCGGCUUUGGUGGCGACGACUGCAGCGAGAGCGUGUGUCCCGUGCUGUGCUCGCAGCACGGUGAGUACACCAACGGAGAGUGCAUCUGCAACCCGGGCUGGAAGGGCAAGGAGUGCUCCCUGAGGCACGACGAGUGCGAGGUGGCCGACUGCAAUGGCCACGGCCACUGUGUCAGCGGCAAAUGCCAGUGCAUGCGCGGCUACAAGGGAAAGUUUUGCGAAGAAGUGGAUUGUCCCCAUCCUAACUGCUCAGGCCACGGAUUCUGCGCCGACGGCACCUGCAUCUGCAAGAAGGGCUGGAAGGGAGUGGACUGCGCCACCAUGGACCAGGACGCUCUGCAAUGCCUGCCCGACUGCUCUGGGCAUGGCACCUUCGACCUGGACACCCAGACCUGCACCUGCGAGGCCAAGUGGAGUGGCGACGACUGCUCAAAGGAGCUGUGCGACCUGGACUGUGGCCAGCAUGGACGUUGCGUUGGAGACGCCUGCGCCUGCGACACAGAGUGGGGCGGCGAAUAUUGCAACACCCGGUUAUGCGAUGCCCGUUGCAACGAGCACGGCCAAUGCAAGAACGGCACCUGCCUGUGCGUGACAGGCUGGAACGGCAAGCACUGCACCAUCGAGGGCUGCCCCAAUAGUUGCGCCGGACACGGACAGUGCCGCGUAAGUGGUGAGGGCCAGUGGGAAUGCCGCUGCUACGAGGGCUGGGAUGGACCGGACUGCGGCAUCGCUCUAGAGCUGAACUGCGGAGACAGCAAAGACAACGACAAAGAUGGCCUGGUUGACUGUGAGGACCCCGAGUGCUGUGCCAGUCACGUGUGCAAGACCUCCCAGCUCUGCGUCUCCGCUCCCAAGCCGAUCGACGUGUUGCUCCGCAAGCAGCCGCCGGCAAUCACCGCCUCGUUCUUCGAACGGAUGAAGUUCCUUAUCGACGAGAGCAGCCUGCAGAACUACGCCAAAUUGGAGACGUUUAACGAGAGCAUUUUUUGGAAUUAUUUCAAUGCAAGCCGAUCAGCGGUCAUCAGAGGGCGUGUGGUCACCUCCCUGGGCAUGGGCCUAGUGGGUGUCCGAGUCUCGACCACCACCCUUUUGGAGGGAUUCACCCUGACCCGUGACGACGGCUGGUUCGACCUAAUGGUAAAUGGCGGAGGAGCUGUGACCCUGCAAUUCGGACGCGCGCCCUUCCGACCACAGUCACGCAUAGUCCAAGUGCCCUGGAACGAAGUGGUGAUCAUCGAUGUCGUGGUCAUGAGCAUGUCCGAGGAGAAGGGGCUGAUCACUAUGGCGACGCACACAUGCUUCGCCCACGACUACGACCUGAUGAAGCCCGUUGUGCUGGCAUCAUGGAAGCACGGCUUCCAGGGCGCCUGUCCCGAUCGCAGUGCCAUCCUGGCUGAAUCGCAGGUUAUCCAGGAGUCUCUCCAGAUACCCGGUACGGGCCUCAAUCUCGUCUACCACUCCUCACGAGCCGCCGGAUACCUGUCCACCAUUAAGUUGCAACUGACCCCUGAUGUUAUUCCGUCCUCGCUGCACCUCAUCCAUCUGCGUAUCACCAUCGAGGGCAUUUUGUUUGAGCGCGUCUUCGAGGCCGAUCCGGGAAUCAAAUUCACGUACGCUUGGAACCGUCUUAACAUCUACCGGCAACGCGUCUACGGCGUGACCACAGCCGUGGUGAAGGUCGGCUACCAGUACACCGACUGCACUGACAUCGUGUGGGACAUCCAGACUACAAAGUUGAGUGGCCACGAUAUGUCUAUAUCGGAGGUGGGAGGGUGGAACCUGGACAUUCACCACCGCUACAACUUCCACGAAGGCAUACUUCAGAAGGGCGAUGGCUCAAACAUAUACCUGCGCAACAAGCCGCGCAUCAUCCUGACCACCAUGGGCGAUGGACACCAACGUCCACUUGAGUGCCCCGACUGCGACGGCUUGGCCACGAAGCAGCGCCUGCUGGCGCCCGUCGCCUUGGCGGCGGCUCCGGAUGGCAGUCUGUUUGUAGGUGACUUCAACUAUAUCCGCCGCAUCAUGACCGACGGCAGCAUCCGGACCGUUGUCAAACUAAACGCCACCCGCGUCUCCUACCGCUACCACAUGGCCCUCAGUCCACUCGAUGGCACACUCUACGUCUCAGACCCCGAGUCGCACCAGAUCAUUCGCGUGCGUGAUACCAGCGACUACUCCCAACCAGAACUUAACUGGGAGGCGGUUGUGGGUUCCGGAGAGCGCUGCCUUCCCGGCGACGAAGCUCACUGCGGCGAUGGAGCCUUGGCCAAGGACGCCAAGUUGGCAUAUCCCAAGGGUAUUGCUAUUUCUAGCGACAAUAUCUUGUAUUUCGCCGACGGUACUAACAUCCGGAUGGUGGACAGGGAUGGAAUCGUGAGCACCCUCAUCGGCAAUCACAUGCACAAGUCGCACUGGAAGCCCAUUCCCUGUGAGGGAACGCUCAAGCUGGAGGAGAUGCACCUACGCUGGCCGACGGAGCUGGCCGUCUCUCCCAUGGACAACACGUUGCACAUCAUUGACGAUCACAUGAUCCUACGCAUGACCCCCGAUGGCAGGGUUCGCGUCAUCUCCGGCAGGCCAUUGCACUGCGCCACUGCCUCGACAGCCUACGAUACUGACCUGGCCACCCACGCCACCCUGGUGAUGCCGCAGUCGAUCGCCUUCGGGCCACUGGGCGAGUUGUACGUCGCGGAAAGUGACUCGCAGCGCAUCAACCGAGUGCGAGUUAUCGGAACGGACGGACGGAUCGCCCCCUUUGCGGGUGCCGAGUCCAAGUGCAACUGCCUCGAGCGCGGAUGCGACUGCUUCGAAGCGGAACACUACCUGGCAACUAGCGCCAAGUUCAACACGAUCGCCGCGCUGGCCGUUACUCCCGAUGGGCAUGUGCACAUUGCGGACCAAGCCAACUACCGCAUCCGCUCGGUGAUGUCCAGCAUUCCGGAAGCGAGUCCCUCGCGCGAGUACGAGAUCUAUGCGCCGGACAUGCAGGAAAUAUACAUUUUCAACCGCUUCGGCCAGCACGUGUCCACGCGAAACAUCCUGACCGGAGAGACGACGUACGUGUUCACCUACAAUGUAAACACCUCCAACGGAAAGCUGAGCACCGUCACCGAUGCCGCCGGCAACAAGGUUUUCCUGCUGCGCGACUACACCUCGCAGGUCAACUCAAUAGAGAACACCAAGGGCCAGAAGUGUCGGCUGCGCAUGACGCGCAUGAAGAUGCUGCACGAGCUGAGCACUCCGGACAACUACAACGUCACCUACGAGUACCACGGUCCCACCGGCCUGCUCAAGACCAAGCUGGACUCCACUGGCCGCUCCUACGUCUACAACUACGACGAGUUCGGUCGCCUUACCUCCGCUGUCACGCCCACUGGCAGGGUGAUUGAGCUGAGCUUCGACCUGAGCGUUAAGGGCGCCCAGGUUAAGGUGUCGGAGAACGCCCAGAAGGAAAUGUCGCUGCUGAUCCAGGGAGCAACGGUGAUCGUGCGCAACGGGGCCGCCGAGUCCCGCACCUCCGUCGACAUGGACGGCUCCACCACUAGCAUCACCCCUUGGGGCCACAACCUGCAAAUGGAGGUUGCUCCCUACACGAUUUUGGCCGAGCAGAGUCCAUUGCUGGGCGAAAGCUACCCUGUGCCAGCCAAGCAGCGCACUGAGAUCGCCGGCGACUUGGCCAACCGGUUCGAGUGGCGCUACUUUGUGCGCCGCCAGCAGCCGCUGCAGGCGGGCAAGCAAAUCAAGGGCACACCCCGUCCCGUCACUGAAGUGGGUCGCAAGCUGCGGGUGAACGGCGACAACGUUCUGACCUUGGAGUACGAUCGCGAGACACAGUCGGUCGUGGUGAUGGUGGACGACAAGCAGGAGCUGCUCAACGUGACCUACGACCGCACCUCGCGGCCAAUAAGCUUCCGACCGCAGUCGGGCGACUAUGCGGACGUGGACUUGGAGUACGACCGAUUCGGCCGUCUGGUCAGCUGGAAGUGGGGUGUGCUGCAGGAGGCCUACUCCUUCGAUCGCAAUGGCCGGCUCAACGAAAUCAAGUACGGCGAUGGAUCGACCAUGGUGUACGCCUUCAAGGACAUGUUUGGCUCGCUUCCGCUGAAGGUGACCACGCCCAGGCGGUCCGAUUACCUGCUGCAGUACGACGAUGCCGGGGCGCUGCAGAGCCUCACCACGCCGCGCGGCCACAUUCACGCGUUCUCACUGCAGACAUCGCUCGGCUUCUUCAAGUACCAAUACUACUCGCCCAUUAACCGCCAUCCGUUCGAGAUCCUAUACAACGACGAGGGUCAGAUCCUAGCCAAGAUCCAUCCCCACCAGUCAGGCAAGGUUGCGUUUGUACAUGACACUGCCGGUCGCCUGGAAACGAUCCUCGCUGGCCUGUCCAGCACCCACUACACGUAUCAGGACACAACCAGCCUGGUCAAGUCGGUGGAGGUCCAGGAGCCGGGCUUCGAGCUGCGGCGCGAGUUCAAGUACCACGCCGGUAUUCUAAAGGACGAGAAGCUGCGCUUCGGCUCCAAGAACUCACUGGCAUCGGCCCACUACAAGUACGCCUACGACGGUAACGCCCGGCUGAGUGGCAUUGAGAUGGCCAUUGACGACAAGGAGCUGCCCACUACGCGUUACAAGUACAGCCAGAACCUGGGCCAGCUGGAGGUGGUGCAGGACCUGAAGAUCACUCGCAACGCCUUCAACCGGACAGUGAUCCAGGACUCGGCCAAGCAGUUCUUCACUAUCGUUGACUACGACCAGCACGGAAGAGUAAAGAGCGUGCUGAUGAACGUGAAGAACAUCGACGUGUUCCGACUGGAGCUGGACUACGACCUGCGGAACCGUGUCAAGUCGCAGAAAACCACCUUUGGCCGAUCCACUGCCUUCGACAAAAUCAACUAUAAUGCCGAUGGACACGUGAUCGAAGUCCUGGGCACCAAUAACUGGAAAUAUCUGUACGACGAGAACGGCAACACGGUCGGCGUUGUGGACCAAGGGGAGAAGUUCAACCUGGGCUACGACAUUGGCGAUCGCGUGAUCAAGGUGGGCGAUGUGGAGUUCAACAACUACGACGCUCGCGGCUUCGUUGUGCGGCGUGGGGAGCAGAAGUAUCGUUACAACAACAGGGGUCAGCUGAUCCACGCCUUCGAGCGGGAGCGCUUCCAGAGCUGGUACUACUACGACGACCGCAGCCGCCUCGUGGCCUGGCAUGACAACAAGGGCAACACCACCCAGUACUACUACGCCAACCCUCGCACCCCCCAUCUCGUGACCCAUGUCCACUUCCCCAAGCUGGGUCGCACCAUGAAGUUCUUCUACGACGACCGCGACAUGCUGAUCGCGUUGGAGCAUGCCGACCAGCGUUUCUAUGUUGCCACCGACCAGAACGGUUCGCCGCUUGCCUUCUUUGAUCUGAACGGAGGCAUCGUGAAGGAGCUGAAGCGAACCCCCUUCGGCCGCAUUAUCAAGGACACCAAGCCCGACUUUUUCGUGCCCGUCGACUUCCACGGAGGGCUGAUCGAUCCGCACACCAAACUGGUCUACACCGAGCAACGCCAGUAUGACCCCCACGUCGGGCAGUGGAUGACGCCGCUGUGGGAGACCCUGGCCACCGAGAUGUCGCACCCGACGGAUGUCUUCAUCUACCGCUACCACAACAACGACCCAAUCAACCCCAACAAGCCGCAGAACUACAUGAUCGACCUGGACUCCUGGCUGCAGCUCUUCGGCUAUGACCUGGACAACAUGCAAAGCACCCGCUAUACCAAACUGGCCCAGUACACGCCGCACGCUUCCAUCAAGUCCAAUACACUGGCGCCCGACUUCGGGGUCAUCUCCGGCCUGGAGUGCAUCGUCGAGAAGACGAGCGAGAAGUUCAGCGACUUUGAUUUUGUGCCCAAACCCCUGCUGAAGAUGGAGCCCAAGAUGCGCAACCUGCUGCCGCGCAUCAGCUAUCGCCGUGGGGUCUUCGGUGAGGGCGUGCUGCUGUCACGGAUCGGGGGCCGGGCGUUGGUCAGCGUUGUCGACGGAUCGAACAGCGUGGUGCAGGAUGUGGUGAGCAGCGUAUUCAACAACUCGUACUUCCUGGACCUGCACUUCAGCAUACAUGACCAGGACGUCUUCUACUUCGUUAAGGACAAUGUUCUGAAGCUGCGCGAUGACAACGAGGAGCUUCGACGUCUGGGCGGCAUGUUCAACAUAUCAACGCAUGAAAUCAGCGAUCACGGUGGCAGCGCAGCAAAGGAAUUGCGCCUACACGGUCCCGACGCCGUGGUCAUUAUCAAGUACGGUGUUGACCCCGAACAGGAGCGCCACCGCAUCCUUAAGCACGCCCACAAGCGCGCAGUGGAGCGGGCCUGGGAGCUAGAGAAGCAGCUGGUGGCAGCCGGCUUCCAGGGUCGCGGCGACUGGACAGAGGAGGAGAAGGAGGAACUCGUCCAGCACGGCGACGUCGACGGCUGGAUUGGCAUUGACAUACACAGCAUACACAAGUAUCCGCAGCUGGCCGACGACCCCGGAAACGUUGCCUUCCAACGGGACGCCAAGCGCAAGCGUCGCAAGACCGGCAGCAGCCAUCGCAGUGCCUCCAACCGGCGUCAGCUCAAAUUUGGUGACCAGAGUGCGUGAGUGGAGGCGGAUAUAGAGGAGCUGGAUCUGGAGCCGGAGCAGCGGCCGCAGACGGAGACGGAGGGAGGUGAAGUGACCGACGAGGAAUACAGCGAGCAGGAGGACUACCUAAUUGCCGUGGGCAGGAAGGAGCCAAGGGACAGCAGCGAAGCACUCGAGGAGCAGAUUUUGUAAUUAGGUGAAAUGCGCAACAGCAACAAAAACAAGAGAACAAGAAACCAGAACAGCAGCACAGCACACAGCAACCCAACACGAACAAGAAAACCCAGCAUCAAACACUCUAAAUAAUAUAAACUUUAAUCGUGCUUAAAGUUUAGUAUUAGUCACAAUGCAACCCUCGAAUAACCGAAGAAAUUCUUAUAUGUAUGUACACAGGAACACGAAUAUAUAUGUUGAUGUUGAGUUUAGGCUAACAAUAGGCGUAUGUUUAGUCCAUGUGUGUAAUGUUUAAUGUAAAUCUGAAUCAGAAAAGAAUCGAAUUAGCCGACAAACCCGAACGAAUAACACUGGUUAUUUGGAGACUUGGCUAUUGGCCUAACCACCAACGCGACGUGUUGGCCAGGUACAUAUAUAACGAAGUCGAACGAUGAGUAUUAAACAGCAAAAUAUGCAUACGAUAAGUAUGAAUGAUAAUUUACGAAUUGAUUAAAUGUAAAAAGAUUAACACUCUCUGUAGGAGGAUGCCGCUAGUCCUCAGUCAUCAGUCCUUGGACCCAAGUUCGGCCCAGCCCCUUUCACAUGACGAAAGGUGUGUCGGUCGCUGCCUCACCUCUGUAACUGCUUUGUGUAUAUAAGAACGAAUACUUUACUAUGCUUUAACUAACGAAUCAGCGCUUAUUUACCCUUCCUCUAACAAUCUUUUAAGUGAAACAGGUAUCUGAACCGAAUGCUCGAAUUUACAUUCAUCUGUCGCGUCAGCUUAAUUUGGAUAGCCAAAAAUCAAAAGAAAUCUCUUACAGACAGCCCCUUUUAACGUCAACUCUUUCCACUCAUUUUACAAUGUUAAACUGUUGAAUUUAUUCAAGGGCAAAAAGCAUUAAAAACUUUUUACAAAUUGUGAUAUAUAUUUCUAAACAUUUCAUUUCACAGCUUGAAGUGUGCCGAACAGAAAUCGAAUUAACUCAAAUCGAAGUGAAAAUAAAAAGCAACCACUUGUACUUUACUCAUUUUAAACUUAGUCCUUAACGAUUAGUUUUUACACUGCAAUAUUUAGUUCUUACCAUUUGCCAUGUUAUUUUGUAUAAGCAAUACUUACCCGUGACGGCAGUGUCACAUAGCGUUUACUUCUUAUUUUUAUGUGCUUUAAUUGGCUUUUUAUGCUCGGUUCAUACUCAAUUUAUACUCAAUAAUUGCCCGAUUUUAAAAACUUUCUUAACGUCUUUCGUUAUUGCUGUCAUUCGGUCAGCCCUUUGUGUUUAUAAUUAUUAUUGAACUAUUUAUAACAAAAGCUAAACUAUUGACUAUUGAGAUAUUAACUAGCAUAAUACUUAGAGCGCAUAUGUAAGUUUUGCGGAGAACGUACACCCCCUAUAAUCAUACGAAACACACCUUGUAAUAUACACACUACCACAUAUAACUACACAUAGUCAUAAGGAUUAGGUUAAAGACAAAGAUCGCAAGAGCGGAAUGAUUUAGCACCUAACUAAUGUGAAAAUAAGCGAUGUAUUCUGUUUCAAUGUUGGGCGGAAGAUAGGAAUGCAGAAAGUAAUGCGUAGAAAUUAGCUAAAGUGUUAGUAAUUUUAUUAAAUAAAAUUAUAAAUGAAGCGAGAGAUCAUUAAUAAUGGAUAAAAACUUAACUCUACACCUAAGUCUAUACAUCGGAAUCUGAACUCGUUUUCGUUUGUGCGAGAUGUAAAGCCAGCGCUGUGUAAAAGUAUAAAAUCGCGUCAUUUUUAGUUCUUUACACAGUGGGUUCUUACAGAAAGGGAAGAUUGUAAAAAUUAACAAACUUAUAUGAGUGUGUAUGUAUUAAAAUUAAGCAGCAUUAUAUUAACCAAAAAGCAAAUAACAACAGAAAGUGAAAUCAG